AUCAACGAAAAAUUGAUAAACUUUGAUAUCACUUUGAAAAAAAUGGUGAUUUAACGCCAAAAAAAAUUGCAGUGUACCACUCACAUUUUUCUCUGUGUUAUAUUGUAUGUUUGUUAUGAAUCAGGUGGCCGGAUAAUUAUCAUCAUCAUCAUCAUCCAAUAUCAAUCCAACAAUGAUAAGAAUGACGGAUUCUUAAAAUAAUCCAACGGUUUGCAGUGAACCAGAUCAGAUCUUAUUUUCAUCAUCUAUAUACUGAUUGGAAAUCAUGUCUUUACGUGAUUAUUUUGAAUUUUUCAAUUCUCGUCGUCUGAAACGACAUGAUAAAUUGUUUUUGCGAAAACGUUCCAUUCUUAUGAUAUGUGGAAUACUUUUGGUCAUUUAUCUAAUAUCAUUGGUUUUUCGUCGAUUAAAUGUUACCCGUUUGAAAAAAGAAGAUUUCACUUCUCAAUGUAUCGAUAAAUUUGUACAAUCAUUUCAUUACGAAAUUGAAUCUUCCGAUUCCAGUGUUUGGAUUCCAUUCGAAAAUCAUCCAUCAUCAGCAUCGUUGCCCACCGUUGUAGAACCGACAUCAUCAUCAUCAUCAUCAUUUGGAACUACUUACUAUCCGAGUAUCAAUGAUAUAUCAAAAAAUUCUUUUAUUCCAUUUGUUGGCAAUGGAAAAUUUUCCAUUGCUCCAGUCGAAAAUUUAGAAAAUGGUGCACGUUUUCAUAUAAUGGGCAAACGUAUUCUCGAUACAUUCAUACCAUUCGAUCCGAUUAUUAAUGUGGGCGAAUUUGGAACUCAUACUAAAUCUGCUUACGUAUCGCGUUAUCGUAAGGGAAUUGUUGAAAAAUUUACCUGCAGCAAUUAUGGUGGCGGUAUCAUUUCGAUUCAUGAGAUUUUUUCCGCUCAUCGUUUAAUACCAGUGUUGUUUACGCAGAACAUUCGUAUUUCGAAUCCUACGAAUUCUCCGGUUAUAUUGACUUUAUCUCGUUGGUCAAAUAAAUCUGUCGUUAGUAAGCCUAUUGGUGUGACCACCAAAGAUCAUCGUGAAUAUUCAAUGAUUGUUGCACCAGUACAGCAUAGCAUCGAAAAUCAUAGUGGCAAAAAACAAUCCAAUCGACUAUCAAAAGCACAAGCAAUUGCAAUUGCAUAUCCAUCGUUGCAUGACACAAUCGAAGUACAUCCAAAUGAUCGUUUCUCAUUAUCCGUCCAUACGUUUAUCAAUUAUACUGGUGUUUUUAGUCAUGAAUCCGAAAUGCAAGCUGCAAUACCAGAUCUAAAAAUUUCAUUACGAGAAACGGUCAAAAAAUUGGUUGAUUUUUCCGAUACAGCCCUGCAACAAUAUCAUGAACAUGCAUGGGAAAAAAUUUGGUCUUCAGGUUUUAGUAUUUCACAUUCACAUGCUCCAAACGUUGUCAAUGGAUAUCAGAUAAAUGCUACACUUUAUUAUAUGCUAUCUCAACGUCCAAUGUUAUUGCCAAAUCAAUCGAAUCAACAGAGUAAUUCUAUAUUGGAAAAUUUUAGCAACGAAUUAACAAAUUUAGAAACAAUAAAUCGAUCAUUGAUUUAUCGGCCAGAUCGAUGUUAUAAUGGCCAUUCUACAUUGCAUGCUCCUCGUUUAUGGGACCGUCUGGAUUCUGUUAACGAUCUUUAUCGUGUAAUUUCAUUAUGGUUUUUAACAUUAGAAAAACAAAGUUGUGAACAUUUAAUGAAAUCAAGUGCUGGCAAUGUUCUUCAAGCAUUUGUGCUCAGUUUGAUUGGUUUACGUUUCACACCAAGACAUAUUGAAUUUCAUUCACAUCCAAAUGAUCUUCAACGAUCAUUUCUGAUUCGACGUUUAAUGUAUGAUGAUAAAACUUUGCUCAACAUUAGUGUUAUCAUUAAUGAUGAAAACAAAGCUUUGAUUCGUGUUUCCAUUGAAAAUCAUAAUAAAUUAAAAGAAUAUUAUGCUUGUGAUGCUGGUUGUUUGGAUGCACCAAUACAUCUGACAUCCAUUGCACAAGAAUUUCCAGUAAAAUUAACUGAACCAUUAACACCAUUACUUUAUAUAACAUCUGAUCGUGAACAUGUACAAGAAUUAAAACAUUCAAUUCAUGUGAAAGAAAUUAGUGAAGCACCACCACAUGAACAUCAGACAAUUGCUUUACAUCGUUAUGGCCAUUCACUUGGUGGUUUACCCAAUUUUUUUUGGAUAGCAAUGAUUUUUUUAAUCAUUAUAUUUCAUUUAUUUCUUGGUAAAUUAAUCUAUAAUGAAUAUUUUAAUAGCCAUAAUUUACCACCAUAUGAACGUACUUCUUACCGGAAUAUUGGACGAUAUUCAAUGUAAAAAAACAAAAACAAAACAAAAAAACAUUCAUUCAUUCAUUCAGUCUGUGAUGUGAUUCAAUCAAUACGCCAAUUUUAUAUAUUCAAAUCAAAUCAAAUUGUAUAAAAAAAAAAAAAAAAACAAAGCCAAUCACACUUGGACAUCUUUAAAAUUUGAUCCUAGUCGAUUUACAUACAA